AACAAGACAAAGAAGAUUGGAUAUUUUCAAUUGAAUCUCUAAUUUUGCGUGUGUGUUGAGAAGAAUUAGACAUGCUUUGGCGCAUGCCCAACUAUUCAAACCUCUACUUUGCGCACAAUUCUCACACGCCAUCUUCUUUCUUUGACAUUACUAUAUUACCACCACCUCUUCAAUUUUGAUAUUCUGCAAUCCAACUUUUCUGGAUUUAUCUCCAAUUUUUCUGGGUUGAAACAUUAAAGGAUGGAUUUUUGCAGAAUUGGGGUUAAUCCAACAAUGGGAGCUAUUGAUUUACGCUUGCCCAUCAUUAAUUCGCAGACUUUACUAGCUAAACAUGCAUUUCCAAGUCCAAUUUUAAGACCCUUUGAUCCAUUAUUGCGUAGAAAAUGUGUUAGAAUGAUGUGCAAGGCUUCAAGAAGUAGUGUAUCUGAAGAGAAUGAUCAAAAGGGUGGAUUAUCUUCUGUGGAGGAUGAAUUGGGUUUGGUUAAUAAGUUCGAAAUGUCUGAUUUUGAGGUUUCUGAUCGUGUUAGCACUGGUCUCGGUGGAAGGGGAGAUGAGCUAGUUUUUGAAGCUAUUGUGAAGAAUCCUGACAGCCCAUUGUAUAAUACUAGAGUUGUGCUCCGGGAGCUUACUAGUGUUCAGGCUCGAAGGAGAGGGAACCGAGCUAUAGAGGUGUUCAAGAAGUUGGUUCGUCGUAGAAUUUUGUAUCAUUCUUAUUCCAUGCAAGUUCAUGGUUAUGUUUCUUCUACAACAAGUGAUAAUGGUGCCGAGUUUACACUGGUCCAUGGUUAUCAUGGUGGUUUUUCACUAAGGCACUGGCUUCAGCAAUCAGACUGGUUGCCAACCUUAGAAGCUACUCUCGCUCUUGAUGAGGAGUCUGUUAGAAAAGUGGGCGAUGACAGCAUUGGAGGUCCAGCUGUUUCCAGGAAAUUGCGUCUGAUUCGAUUACUUAUGAGGGAUCUCCUAAUAGGAGUAAAUUACUUGCAUAGUCAUGGAGUCGCCCACACAGAACUGAGGCUUGAGAAUUUGCACAUAAGCCCUGUGGACAGGCAUAUUAAAGUAGGUUUUUUGGGAAAUGCCGUUGACUUUAUUGAGAGUGCUACGAAUAGUAAAAUUUUUAAUAGUAAGAGACGGCAAAUGAUGAUUGCCUUUGAUAUGAGGUGUGUUGGAUUUAUCAUGGCAAAGAUGGUGCUGCGAGAGCUCAUGGAUCCAGUAAUCUUUGCCGAGUUCAAAACAUUUCUUACAAAGGGAAAUGAUCCAUCAUGCUUGCGAGAAUUCUUGUUGCCAAUUUUGUGUAAGAACUCCCCUUCUGGAAGUAUCGGACUCCAGAUGCUGGAUAGAAACUGGGGUGCUGGUUGGAACCUUUUGGCUUUGUUGCUUGCGCCAAAACCCUAUGAUAGAAUAAGCUGCUUAGAUAGUCUGAGGCACCCAUUUUUAUGCGGACCCAAAUGGAGGGUGCAGCCAUCAAUGAAUAUAAUCCGAUGGGGUCUUGGUUCUACUGCUGUUCGAAUUGCUGAAGAAUACAUCUAUGGACAUCCACAGCGUAGCAGACUUUCCCAUUUUGUUGAAUUAAUGGAGAUGCUUAAUCCUCAUCCGAAGCCUAAGAACUGGUUGGAGUUGUUGCCGGGAAAAUGGCGUCUACUUUACUGCACAGGUCGACACAUAGGAUUAACUCUUCGGCAACCUCCUCACCGAGUUCUUAUCGGUGAUGUGCACUUAAUAGUUGACAAAAUAUCAAAUCCAAAGACAACAUUCAUGUUCACUUCAGAUAUUGCUUUCAAUGUGAUUACCGGUCAAGAUUGGCCUCAUGACAAGAGUGGUACACCCGGGAAUCUCAAAGUAACGUCUCCAUCCAGAUUAAGGGCCGGAAGGCGCCAAUAUAUCAAGGAAGAGAACUCGGAAAUGUCAAGUCAAACCUCGGCAGUCAACAUAUUAUCCGGUAGAAAAUGGAAGAAAGCGUUCCCGAACAAGGAGAUUCCUUCGAGUCUUCCUGUAGCUAAACUAGCAUCAGGCGAUGUUGAAUUGACCAUGAACCUCGGUGAGCCACUAAGUAAGAAUGUUGAUGAUGUUAAAAAUGUAGUUCAAGAAGUUCGGUUGCAAGUGCCACCGGAAAUGUUUGAUUUGUCAAAAGUAGUUUGUGGUACGUAUGUAGAUUCUAGGUUACUUGUUCUCCGUGGUGUAAAUGGUUCGGCACUUCUCUUUACAAGGUCGUGUAGUGGCCUAUAGUUUCGUGUUUGUAAAGCUCUUCGUUGAGCCGGUUGCUUUGUACAGUCCUUGUAGAUAGAAUGGAGUAAAAUUAAUGCAAUGCAAGGGUACAAACUUAUCUACAUUGCAUUGUACAAUUAUUGUAAACAUGUAAUACGUCCGUUUCUAAAUGAUAUGUACAGUUAUUAUAGCAACACAAA